GGUGCUAUGCGUCAUCCGCCAUAACGUUGGAAUUUGUGAAGUGCGCAUUGUUUGCUUUUUAAGAAAUAAACUAAAAUUUUAAUAAUUUGACAUUAUAAGUGAAUUAUAUGUGUAAAUAACAAUGAGUGAGUGGUACAGAAUGAAGACUGGUUAUAACAACAACCAUAAUUCUUCGGAAUUAUCAGUGGAAACAUCUUGUGAAAUGUCGGAUUCAUAUAACUCUUUUUCUGAAAACUUAAGUCCAAUACCGGCUUCUAAAGUGCCUAGGAGAUUGGAUUUUAACUUGGAUGACGAUGUUAUACGAGAUGAACCUUCUGCUCCUGAAUCACCCAACCUGCCUUAUAGAAGGGUUAGAGCUUUGAGAUUAUUUGACACACCCCACACACCAAAGGCAUUGCUGGAAAAGUGUUCAACACCAACACACCGCCCGCUGAGGUCUAAGCUAUUUCCACCAAAACUAUGUGUUCCCACGGGUGUACCAUCAGGUUCCAGUCAUCACCUCCACCCGCCGUCGGGCGACGACGACAGUGCACUUGGCAGUUUACUUCCUGAAGACUUGGAUGACUCGAGAGUCAGGAGACCCAUUGUUAAUAUCAACCCAUUCACACCUGAGGGUCAGGCGAUGAAUCAAAACAACCGAGGUCAAUCUAAAACACCUACGUGGGGACAGUCUCCAGAACUGCCGCCGGCGAAACGAAUGAGGGAUUCGAAUAUACCGCGGUACAGCGUUGAGUUCGUGGAGCAGGAGGUGGUUGGUCGCGGUUCCUUCGGCGAGGUGAGCCGAUGUCUCAACAAACUGGACGGUUGUGUGUACGCGUUGAAACGGUCGCUGCGACCAGUCGCCGGCUCGGCUGCGGAACGGAAUGCCCUUACUGAAGUCUAUGCUCAUGCGGUGCUGGGAAUGCAUCCACAUGUAGUCAGAUAUUACUCAGCAUGGGCGGAGGAUGGACAUAUGAUAAUCCAGAACGAAUACUGUGAUGGUGGCUCGCUGCAGCAGAUGAUGGAGGCUGGUCCGUUACCGGAGCCUGAACUGCUGCUGUUAUUAGCUCAUAUUGCUGAAGGAUUAGCUUACAUCCACUCGCGGCAGCUGGUGCACAUGGACGUGAAGCCGGGGAACAUAUUCGUGUGCCGCGCGGAGCAGUUCGCGGCGCCGGACUCCGAUGACGGAUAUGAUGAUGAUGACACCCCGCAGAAUCCACACCAUAUAUAUAAACUAGGAGACCUGGGGCAUGUGACGUGUGUGUCGUCACCGCUGGUGGAGGAAGGUGACUGCCGAUAUCUGCCGAAGGAGGUGCUGCAGGAGGACUUCACGCAUCUCACCAAAGCUGAUAUAUUUGCAUUCGGUCUGACGUUGUUCGAGGCGGGCGGCGGCGGGCCGCUGCCGAAGAACGGCCAGCAGUGGCAUGACUACCGAGACGGGAAACUGCCACAUCUGCCAAACCUGUCCAAGGAGUUUAAUGAACUGUUAAAGAAAAUGGUGGACCCCGAGCCAAUGCUGCGGCCGUCAGCGGCCCGUCUGCGGCGCCACGCGCUGCUGCACCCCGCCGGCAACAAGAGCAAGGCGCAGCUGCGCCGCGAGCUGGCAGCAGCUCGCCAGAAGAACGACCUCCUCACCAGGAGGCUGCAGGAGGCUGCCAGAUGUAUAAAAUCAUUAACACCAGUGGUAAAUCAGGAAUCAGCAAAGUUUCGGACGCGGUCCGCGAAGAGGCUGCACUCGCCGCGCUUCGACUCCCACAUCGUGGAGAUGAUCAGAUCUGUCACCUCCCCUGUCUCCACUGACAGGCGGAAAGACAAGCGCGGGAAGAGGAUCUAGAAAGUCUAUUUUUGAAAAAUGUAAAACACGCCUUAGAAAUGGAAUAUAAGGUAAUACGCUAAGUUCAGUUUAGUUUUUAAACUAAGUUAUAAUUUAGUGCUUAGUUUAAAAAUUAAAUUUAUUUGGGUAUCUGCCUUUAUAUCCGUGAUAAAUGUUUAGUACAGUACCUUUUGUCACAUUUGUACUAAUGACUUUGUUUCUGUCUACCCACAAUUGACAUUAUGGUUUUAAUUUUGAUUUAUUUUCAAUAAUACUCAGUGUCAAAAUUACUACGUUUCAUUAUAAAAUUAAAACACCUCAAAGAGGUUUAGUUUGAAUAAAUAGUUUUUUAAAACUGCCUUCAUUCUUGGAAAUAAUUAGUACAAUAACUUUAUGUUAAGAAAGGUCCUUUAAAUUGCUCCUUAAAUAUUCUGAUAUGGCAAUAUGUAACCUAUUAUUUCAUAACUUUAAAAAUAGGGUAGACAGAAUAAAAAAAUAAUCUUUUUUAAUGUAAUUUACCAACUGUGACCACUUUCUUACGAUAUAAAAUUACUCAACCAAUAUAACUUGACCCCUCAACCCUCAGUUCAAUGACGUCAUAAUGGAUCAAAGCGCACAAAACUGUUGUGAACAAGACUGAGUGAAACGAUGUCACUGGUACAUUGUGAAUAUAGUUUGUAAUCGGUCUAGAUAUAUCAAAACGGGAAGUAAAUUCAAUAAUUGACAAUUUUAUGUCAAACGUAACAAAUAUACUCUUAUUAUGAUUAUUUUCUGCUAUUUAAC